AUGUCAUUUUUCAACUUUACCACCCGUAUUACCUUUUUAAAUCGGGAAGAACAGGCAAAAAAAUUAAAUAAUACUGAAGACGAAGUAGAGGAUGAGGAUGAGGAAGAAGAAGAAGAAGAAGAAGAAGAAGAAGAAGAAGAAGAAGAGGAAGAAGAAGAUGAAGAUGAUGAAGAAGAAGAGGAAGAAGAAGAAGAAGAAGAAGAGGAAGAAGAGGGAGAAGAGGAAGAAGAGGAAGAAACGGAUACAGAAGAGUUUGCUAAUAACUAUGAUUAUGAAAACAAAGACAAAGAUAAUAAUGUAGCAUUGAAGCAAAGAGAUACUUUUAAAAAUUUUGUAAAUAGACCCAUUAGUACCGAUAACACACACCCAAAAAUAUCAUAUUGCAAUUUACCUUUAAGGAUUUUAUUUCAUAUUUGUAUCCAGUUAGAUACCCCAGACAUAAUAAAUCUAUCUAGAACUUGUACACUACUUAGAGCGAUAGGCAAUGAAGUUAUCAUAUAUAAAAAAAAAUCUAUUUUAGCUGCUCCAGAUUCUACCGUUGGUACUUCUACCUCCAGUAUUGAAACUAAUGGUUCAAGCACAAACAUAAGAUCUAGAUGGAAAAGAAAAUUAAUAUACAAUGCAUUUGAUAUUUUGGAACCUAGAAAAAUGAUAUUAAAUACGUUUUCCAAGUAUAAAAUUUCAGUCGUUGAUUCUUUAUUUAAUUUAUAUCAAAAAUUGCUUUUGGAAAAUAAGGAUCAACUAUUAAUGCUAAGUUACAAUGACGAAGAUAUGAAUAGAAUAGAAAAGGUAGAAGGACAAGCUCAUAGUAAUAUUAAAAAUGGCGCUUUGCUCAUAGAUUUAGAUGAAUUUGACGAUAUACCUUUAAAUAAAAAAGCUGGUUUUCAAAUGGCCACGAGAGCAGGGCGUGAGAAAGAAGAAAAUGAAAUGCAACAGUCAGAAAAUAUAGAUGAACAAAAAGAAACGAACAAGACAAGAAAACAGUGUUUUAAAGAAAAAACUCAAUCAGAGGAGUCCGAGAAGCCAGAAGAGUUAAAGAAACGAGAAGAGUUAGCAAAACCACGGGAGGCAAUACCAGAGGUAACAAGCGAGAAUUUUGUGGACGAAAAGUUGGAUUUUACAGUAGCAGAACAGAUUCUUGAAACUGAAGCUAUUGUAAUAAAUAAAGAACAAGGUAAUCCAUUUGUAACAACUCCUAUUGACAAUAACAACAACAAAAACAUCUUUAAUGUUACAAAUAGAAUGAAUGGUGCGAAUAGCCCCAUUAAUAGUGAAACACACUCAACUCCUGAAAGACAGACAUUAACGGACGAUUCGGAAUUUAAAAAAUCCAAGAAUGAUAUUUAUUGUUGUUCCUAUGACAACGGAGAUGUGAAAAAUCUUCCUAAUCAACAGCAACAAAAUACUUCGAUUUUUGAUGCCGUUGGUAAGAGUAAUACAAAUAAAAAUAUUAACCUAGACGACAACACUUUUUUCUCUACUUCUCCCUCUAAUUCCAAUGACUCAAGCUCUAAGUCUAAGUUAAAUGAUAACUUAGAGCAAGUUACAUAUGAACAAAUUAUCAAUGGUUUUCAUUAUUUGUUUAACCGGAAUUUGAACACAAACUCAACACCACUUGGCCAAAUGGUAACUGGAUUUCAUGACGUUGACGUGAAAUCACCACAAAAAACAUUUAAACAAGAUUCUCAUUUUGAAAUUCCGAGAUUAAGAAAAAUAUCAGCAAAAAAUAAUAAGUCAGAUUUACAAUUAUUUAAAAAACAAUCUUCUAGUGAAUCAACUCCAAUAACUUCAGGAUUAUCUGCAAAGGUUUUCAAUUCAGAAAAAAAUCAGUAUAAUAGUCGUAAAUAUUAUUUUGUUGAUAGCGAUGAUUCAGAUAAUGAUUCAGAUUCUUUGGAGUUUAUUAGAAAGCUACAAAAUUCCAAAAGUGUUAAGGACAAAAGGCUACUUUUUGAAACCUUAGUAGAGAAGACACAAGAUUUAACUUUUAGGAAGAAAAAACAUAAAUUGCAAAGGGCUUGUAUUUCAACAGAACAUAACCCCUAUACUUCUCCACCUUCUUCUCCUUCAUCACCAGCACCAAACGAUAACAUUAAACAUCAUAGUACUCAUUCAUUAUUGCCAGCUAUUGAAAAAAUUAAACCUGCUAUCAUUGCUUCAACACCAGCUAUUUUUGAAAAGGGUGAUAGUAACAAAAGUGACGACAACAAGCACUUAAAGAAUAAAGAAAUUAUAAGUAAGCAGUUGGGCUUAGGAAUUUUAACGUUUAAUGAUACUAAACUUUGUUAUGAAAGGAAUUGA